CAGAAACACUGCUCUAAUGUGACCAACUUAACAAGGAAGCUUGUAUAUCCAGUGUCUGUGCAGUAGGUGUAUGAACUCAGGAAGGCGCACAGCUCUCUAGCAACUGAUUGCACGCUUAUUGAACAACUUCUGGUCUCUGCUGUACUAUGCACACAAUGUCUAAGUUAGGAUCAAUCAGCUUCAAGACUCUUAUCAGAGGCGUGUACCCUGCUAGGUGCAGCACGCCAAAGACAAUACAGACAAGGCAAUAUUGUCAAAAUGUUAACGUUCCAAAAGCCCAGGUGACUGAAACAUUGUCUGGUGAGUAAAUAUUUAAGCUAUGUGAAAUUGUACUAAAUAGAAUGGAAAAUUAGUUUUAUAAUAAUGCUGGACAUGGCAGCCAUCAUUUUUUUUGCAGCCUAACUUUUUGGAGCAUAAUUUUUAUUAUUAUUUAUAUAUUCUAUAAGUGCAAUGUAUGACCACGGUUUUACUUUUGUGAAUUUAUAGAAUAUUAUACGAUGCUGGUGAAAUCGUGUGUUUAAUUAAUUUUAGUACUUAUCAUUAUAUCAUUAAAAUUUGUUUUAUGUUGCCCCAUGUAUAUUGCAGUUAGGGAGGGGGCCUUUAUUAAUAGGGCUAUUUAAAUUGAGAUCAAACUGGGACUUAAUAUCAAAGCACUCUGCAGCUUGGGAAAGUCCCUUAGAUGAAACUGGUUGGUGAGAUUGUGGUCUGAAAGUCCUCUUUCACUUUGCCAGAGCUCACUGGCACUGCCUUAAAAUGACAGCUGCUACUUAUUGUGGUAUAAUGUGCUAUUCGUGUUGUCCCCACAGUGGUAGAUACUAAUUGACAAAAUUAUGAAUUUUGUGCUUUGUUUCUUUUAAGCACAAUUUUAAUUUGCAAGUUUAAACUCGUCCGUUAGCGCAUCUUUUAUGUUUUUAAUUGUGUUACAUAAUAUAUAUAUAUAUUUUUUUUUUUUGUUCUUCUUUAUGUGACUAAUAUGUAUGUAAUCUUCUGAUACUUUGUGGAUGAGAUAAAUUAUUAAUAUGUAAUUGCAACUAUCCGUUGAGGGAAAAUGAUUAUAUCUUUACUUAAUGCCCUUUUUAUUUAUUUUUAUAAAAUUUCUUCACAACUAGUACAACUAAAGAAAACCUCUAAAUACAUUCACUUAUUAGUCCUAAAUGCAUCUUAUAACUAGGAUUUUCAGUUACAUUUUUAAAGCAAAAUUAGACAUCAUGAUAUUUUAAAUCUAAUAACAUUCUCAGUACACAAAAAAAUAUAUUUGUAGAAAGUAGACCUAUCAGGGUAUUUAACCAUCAUCAGUAUUCUGAGCCAAACUGCUGGGUAUAUGUUAUCUAUUUUAUUUUUUUUUCUCCAUGGAUUAAUUUCACAGAUCAUGAUUUGUAUUCUGCUUUUGCUGCACAAGUACAGCAAUACCCCAGGUAUAUAUAUUUACCAGGUUUUGGGGCUUUUUAUUGGAUCACAUUAUGGACAUUAAAAUAAAAUUGUGGGCAACAAAGAAUAAUAAUGAAAUGUAUAAAGAAAAGGCAGCAGCUCAAACAGUGACUAGUAAAAAAAAAUAUAAAAAUAGAGUACGGGUACACUACAAAGAAAUCUUAUAUACCCAUAAAAAAGUAAAAACAAUAAACUUUAAUGGGAACUUGUUUUUGACAAAAAAACAAAAACUCACAUAAUUAGGGCAAUUCUCAUAUGCACCACAUAAAUAUAUAAUUAUCUAGCAAUAGCAAUAUAAAGCUGGUCAACCUGGAUGUAGUAUCACUUUUUAAAAGUAACCACUAAAUAGCAACAAUACAUCACAUUUUAGAAAUGCCCACAUUUUGACUUGCUUCUUUAAAUUAUUCCCAGAUAUGCUAUUUGGUGAUGACACAGUGUCACCAUACUGACCAGCAUCAAACUUUGACACUAUUUCUAAUGCUCGUGCCUAUUCCAUAAAUGCUAACACCCUAACAAUGCACAAUUUAGUAAAUUGGCUGUCAGGUUGAUAGUUUAGGCAGGUCAUUCCUGUGAUUGGAUCCCAGGGUGAUCAGCCAUCAGUCAGGGACUAUUGUUGGCCUGACUCAUUGUGAGUAGCCAACUGACAGCUGAUCCUGGCAUGCACUGCAACAACAGGGCAUCAGCUGUCAAUAAUGCCAUACUAUUGCUCUGAAAAGGUUGUUAUAGCUGUUUUGUGGCUGUAACAUCUUGAGACUACAAAACCCAAGGUGCAAGAUAGUACUGAGAAAGGACAACAGCUUAAGUAACCUGCCCUUCGGUGGGUUCCUGCUCAAAUCUCAAGCUGGUUUUAGUUCAGCUUGUGCCAUUACAAAGAGAACCAGGGCAAUUUGCAUAUCAGACUGACCCCACCAAAAAAGGGCAUUCCAGAUCCAAAAUGCAGGCCGGCUCUCUCUGCCCGAGAAAUAUAGCAUCCCCAGACAAUGUUCAUAUAAACAUUGUCAGUGAGGUAUAGCUGAUACACCUCUAGGCACCAUGGGCCAGGGGUCCACAUCUGGAUUACCCUUUAAACUUUGAGAGAGUAAAAAAAAAAGCAAGGUUCAAGAGAGUACUGAGUACUGACAACAGUUUAAGUAGCCUGCCUUUCGGUGGGUGCCCGCUCAGAUCUUAAGCGGUUUUUCUAAGCUUUUGUCCGUUCUUAGAGUUCUCAUAUUCUCUGUUUUUAUUGCAAUGCAUUAACUUGGCUUUCCCCAAGAUAAAAGUGUAAUUCAGGCAAGCACCCCAUGCACACUGUACCUAGAGGGGUAUCAGCUACACCUCGCUGGCGAGGCCCAAAGAAAGUCUAAACAUUCGUCCGUUGUUGCUGUAUUUCUUGUGCAGAGAGAACUUGCCAGCAUUUCAAUCCUGGACUGGUCUUAUGGGUGGGAUCUGAUAUGUCUUAGAAUAGGUUCUCUCUGUAAUGGCACAUAUCAGCAAAAACUAUUUUGUGAGACCUAAACUGGGAUUUACCGAAGGGCAAGCUAUUGAGUUUCUCUAAGCUUUUGUCUGUUCUCAUAUUCUCUGUUUUUAUUGAAACUUCUUGAGACUAUUGCAGGAGUGAGGCUUACAGUAACAGCAUGUACAGGGCCGACGCGACUGUUAGGCAGAUUAGGCAGCUGCCUAGGGCACACUGGCCUGGGGGUGCACUUUCCAUGUGACUGGCAGGAGGCGAGCGCACAGUGCUCCCCUCCUGUUGGACUCUGUAUGUAGCGUGGCUGGAUCACAGUAGAGAAGCUUCUGUAACCUCUACAAUGUUGGACAGGAAGAGCUCACUGAGAGCACAGCACUGCUACCUGUCAGACCAGGUAGAGGCUUAGCCACGCCACAAGGCAGGGAUGUAUUUACCACAAGGCAAACAAGGCAUUUGCCUAGGGCACUUUCAGGGGGGGCACCAAAAACGCCACCCCAAGCUCCUAGACAAAUGCCUUGUUUGCCUCAUGUUCUGGGGCUGUCCACCUUACUGUGAGUGAGUGAGUGAGUGUGAGUGAAAGUGUGUGUCUUUCAGUGAGAAUGGGUGUACCUCUAUGUGUGUCAGUAUGUGUAUGUCAUUUUAUGUGUAUCUGAGAGUGUGUGUCUGUCAGAUAAAGUGUGUGUUGGGUAAACAGUGUGUGCCAAUGACUGUAUGUGUAAGCCAAUGACUGUGUAUCUGUCAGUGAGUGUAUAUCAGUGCAUGUAUCAAUGAAGGCAUGUGUCUGUCAGUCACAAAAGUGGCCUUGACAUAAAUUGGAGGGUGGGGGGGAUUUAGAUUUUGAGGGUGCCCGAAUUUAGUCGUGCCUAGGGCAGCACAAAUCCAAAAUACACUACUGCCACAAGGAUUAGGGCUGUGGGGGAGAAAAAUGCAAACAAAGGCUUGUGGGGCGAGAAAAAGGCACAUGGGGACUGGUGAGGGGAAAAAGAUGCACAGAGGGGCUGAUGGGGGUAGAAAGAGGCAUGCAAAGGCUGGUGGGGGGCAGAAAUAAUCACAUAGGCUAGUCUCAGGAGAGAGGCACACAGGGGCUUGUAGGAAGAGAAAGAGGCACAAAGGGUCUGGGGAUGGGAGAAAGAGGCACAAAGUGGCUGGGGGUGGGAGAAAGAGGCACACCAGGGUUGUGAGGGGGAGAAGGAGGCACAGUGUGACUGCAGAAAUCAAAGAGACACACAGAGGGGCUGGGGGAAGCUAUGAGAUGCAAAGAGGGACUGGGGGAUGAAAGAGACACACAAAAAGUUGGCAAUUUUUGUUUGGGGAAACGGUGGAAGUAGCUGGUCUUGCCUAGGGUGCAAAUUAUUCUCGCACCAGCCCUGUGCAUGUAUAUGCUGCGAUUACUGAGAUUGCAGCAUCUACAGCUUGUAAUGGAGGUCCUGCAACUGACUGGGGUUAAUAGGCAUGCAGUCCUCAUAAUUACCUUCCUUCCGGGACCUUCAUAAACCUACUUCUGUAAUGUCUCACUUUUGCAACAACCGUAAUAUUGGGCACAUUUAAACUGAGACCAUCACUAAGUACUAUAAUUAGUUCUCCAUACCACAUACAGAUUCCGAUGGGAAGAGGUUAAAAUGUUUAAUUCUGAGAUUAAAAUCUUUUUUUUUUGCAUGAAAGUCUGCCUCCCUGGGCUGUCUAUCGGCUAACCAAUUUACUCUCUACUUGGCUGGCAAUAUAGUUUUCUACAACUUCCCUUUAUAUAGCAAAUCACAUUUUAAUUGACACAUACAAUUGUAUACUUAAAAAGGACACUUUACUUAAACAACUGUAAAUCUUUUAUAUGAAUACAGAGAUCUCAAAAAAAAAAGCAAUUAACAAAAUACAUUUUUUGCAACUUUGUCUGUGCGCACAUGGCAGAGCUGGGUUUGCAUUAAAACUUAGUGUGAUGGUGCCAGGGAAUAUUUUGGACCAUAACCACUACAACAUGCUGUAGUGGUUAUUGUGCUUACAGUAUCGCUUUAAGCACUUGGCAAACAUCUACUUCUACUUUCGAAGACUGUAAUUUUAGCUUCAUUAAACAUUUCUUGCACAAUCUUGGAAACCUACUUUGCAAGCCACCAUCUCCCUAUGCUGUAAUUACAGACAACGUUAUUAAUAACAGCUGCAACAAACACAAUCUCACACUUCCAUUAGCAAGAUAUAAUUCACUUCGCUGGUCCUCUGGUAAUGCUGAAAAGUGCUGUCCGAUGCUCACAGUUCAGUACCUGCUGCCGACCAACACAAUGUGUCUUACUGUGCCGUGUUUAUAGCAUAGAAAGUAACCUCUCUGAUUACAUUAGUAUCUAUUGCUCUUAGCAAAUAUCUGUGAUUACAAGUCACUUGCUGCCAAACAAUUUGGCAGAAUUCUGUACCACUCUAGUUAAAGGACCACUAUAGUGCCAGGAAAACAUACUCGUUUUCCUGGCACUAUAGUGCCCUGAGGGUGCCCCCACCCGCCCGGGUCUGGGGAGAGGAAAGGGGUAAAAACUUACCUUUUUCCAGCGCUGGGCGGGGAGCUCUCCUCCUCCGAUCCUCCUCCGUUCCUCCCCUACGGCUGAAUGCGCACGCGCGGCAAAAGCUGCGCGCGCAUUCAGCCGGUCACAUAGGAAAGCAUUCAUAAUGCUUUCCUAUAGACACUGGCGUGCUCUCACUGUGAAAAUCACAGUGAGAAGCACGCAAGCGCCUCUAGUGGCUGUCAAUGAGACAGCCACUAGAGGAAAUAGGGGAAGUCUUAACCCAUUCAUAAACAUAGCAGUUUCUCUGAAAAAAUGGGUUAACCCUAGCUGGACCAGGCACCCAGACCACUUCAUUAAGCUGAAGUGGUCUGGGUGCCUAGAGUGGUCCUUUAAAAGGGGUUAAUAUAACAACAGUGUACUCUGUCAUUUCUGGGGCUACAUGUUCAAUAGGGGAUUCAUGUGUUCUAUUGAAAUCUGUGGUUCUGGUCUUAUGUACCUAACCUCAGUUUACAACUAGGCUUUACAACCAUAUCAAAAUAAAAUGUAAGAUCUCUACGAACAAGCUGAGCCACAGAAACAUUUCCCACGAAAGCAAGGAGUACAAGGGACACAGCCUGUCCUAUUGAUUAUGAAGAACAAGGAUUGAAAUGGGAACUAUUAAAAUGCAUAGGCUCAGAGCUCCAAUAGCUUCUGUUAAUCUGGCCCUGCACUCCAUUCCAAACUGCUUGAGUAAAAAAAUGGGUUUAGUUAUAUAAUACGAUCAUGCAUUGCAUAAGCUACUUUGCCAAUGUAGCUCAUUUUUGGCAGGUCCUAUGCUGUCCUAAUCUAAUGACUAAUCUUAUAGAUUUAACCAACUGCAAGUAAAAUCUAUCCACUGUGGUUCUCUGCAGUAGAAGGUUGAAUAAGGACCAAGAAGAAGCUUGCCCCAUUCCCUGGCAAUGGGGCAAGCUUCUUCUUGGGUCCUACCAGGUGCCAAGAGUCCUAACAUGUCAGGUGUUGCACAUUCAGCUUCUGCAGAAGCCGGAUGCUGUUAAUGCCAGUUAUUUAUUGGCUGAGAGGUUCAAUUAAGUGUACUCAGCUAACGAAUGAUGCUCUGUGCUAGGAAUAUGCACAGAAUUGUCACUAACCAGCAUUGUUCUGGGCUGGCUGAUGAAGCUUCCAGAGGUAAAGUAAGAACACAGUGCACUGUUUCCAUGCUGUACCAAUCACAGAAAUGGUCAUGGUGAUUUGAGUAACCCUUUAAAGGGACACUCAAAACACCAUAACCACUGCUACUUGUCAUAAUGGUUAUAAUGUUAUGCAUGAAACUGACACAGUCAACAAGAUAGCACAGCCGAAACCUGUUUAAAUGUACAAAUAUUUUUGACAAAUAAUGAGGAAGUGCAACUGAUUUAUAACGGAGUCCCACGCAGAAAGAGUGACCUAUAUGCACUGGUAAUCCACUGUUGUUUUCACAAACAGCUUGAAAAACCAAAAACACCAGGGACUGCCCGGAUAACACCAUAACCACAGUAAGAGGAGUGUCUCUUUAUUCUCUGCAGCUAAUCAUACCAUAUUCUGCUCCAUAUUUAGAAUUUCCCUUUUAAGUUAGAUUUAUUUGUAAAACAUAAUGUGAUCUGUGCUGAUUUUACACAGCCUUGAAGUUUGGAUUGCUGAACUGACUUUUUGUUUACUUGCACAUAUACAUUUGCAGAGUUUCCAUCUCACUCAUGAAUAGGGCUUUUCAUCAGUAUUAGAAUUUCUAUGUUGCCAGUAGAGAUGUCAAGUCUGCCUUGAUUGUCUGGACACAGCUAAGUUCAUGUUGGCAUAGUUAUAUUACUAAUAGUCUGUCGGUACCAUUGCCCUCAGAUUUCAUUUAAACAAUAUAGCACUGGCUUGACCUAAAAUUGAUCUCUCUCUAUCAUCACCCAGAGACAACCCUCUACAAUUGCAUUGAUAAUGCAGAAUUUACCCUUCUUUGUUAUCAUUGACAAUUGUAUGUGUCAUAUGUGUCCAUAGGCGUGCGCAGCCUAUUGCAUUAGGGUGUGCACCCUAAAGCACAAGCACACGCCGCAUAUAUAUAUGUAUGUGUGUAUAUAUAUAUAUACAUAUAUAUAUAUAUAUAUAUAUAUACAUACACAUAUAUACACACAUACACACACUGCUGUGUGUGUGUGUGUGUGCUGUGUGAGGGUGCUGUUAGUGUGAUAUGUGUGUGACGGUGCUGGUAGUGUGCUAUGUGGGUGAGGGUGUUUGUGUGUGCGUGCUUGUGAGGAUGCUGUUAAUGUACUGUGUGUGAGGGUGCUGUUUGUGUGUGUGUGUGUGCGCUUGUGAGGGUGCUGUUUGUGUGUGAGGGUACUGGUAGUGUGCUGUGUGUGUGUUUGUUAAUGUCCUGUUUGUGUUUGUGAGGGUGCUGUUUGUAUGCUGUGUGUGAGGGUGCUGUGUGUUUGUGAGGGUGCUGUAUGUGUGUGUGGGUGCUGUAUGUGUGUUGGUGCUGUGUAUGUCUGUGGGUGCUGAAAGUGUGUGGGUGCUGUGUAUGUCUGUGGGUGCUGUUUAUGUCUGUGGGUGCUGUAUGUGUGUGGGUGCUGUAUGUCUGUGGGUGCUGUGUAUGUCGGUGGGUGCUGUGUAUGUCUGUGAUAUGUGUGUGGGUGCUGUGUGUGUGCUGUAUGUCUGUGGGUGCUGUAUGUGUGUGGGUGCUGUAUGUGUGUGGGUGCAGUGUAUGUCUGUGGGUGCUGUAUGUGUGCUGUAUGUGUGGGUGGGUGAUUGUGGGGUUGGAGGUGGAUUACUUGCUAUCCCCCCUCCCUUCUUACCUUAUGUAGGGAGGGGGGAUAGUGCUGCUGCUUUCCCUGGUGGUCCAGUGGAGAGUGAACUCUAGCCCCCUGUGGGGCUAGAGUUCACUCUCGCGAGAUUUGAGCGUUGCCGUGGCAAUGCUCAUAUCUCGCGAGAGGAACCCGGCGGAGCUGCCGGCAAUAGCUCCGCCGGUCCUCUCCUGCCUCCCUCCCUGCAUGAGGGUCGGUAGGGAGGGAGGCUGAGAGCAGAGCCGGCGCUCGGAUAGCGCCGGCUCUGCAUUAGCCGACAGAGGGGAUCCUGAGAUCUCCCCUGCCGGUCUCAAUAUACAUAGGCGUGCGCGGGGAUUAGGGUGUGCCCAGGCACACCCGGCACACCCCGUGCGCACGCCUAUGUAUGUGUCAUGGAUAGCAGUGCUUGGCUGAUAGUGCUGGGGAGAGGGUGACCCUGGUUAAUGUUAAAGGGACACUCGCGACCCCUAAAGCACUUUAACUUGCUGAAAUACUUUUUGUGGAAGAGUGUCUCCUCUCUUUUCAUUUUACAAAAUGUGUAGAGUUCAACAGAAAUUGGCACUUUUAUAAAUUAACCUUGUCACACCCCCUGACUGCCAAGCAGACAAUAGGUCCUGUUAUUUCCUGGUUUGGGUAGCUCAGUGGAGCUAAACUCAAGAGGCUGCAAUUGUCCAGAGCAUCUGCAUUGGAUAGACUUCUCAAUUAACUGUAUUGAGAAGUCUGUGAUUGGACAGCCACAAAGUAUGGGCGGGGUUAGGAGGAGAGGACUUGCAAAUGCUGCAGACAAGAAAUCUGCAGCUUUUGCAAGCCGUGUUUAGAUUUACCCCAAUGCAAAAAAUGCACACUGGUUUUCAUUUUUGGUAUAGCUGCUAACCAGUGAUUUUUUUAAAAAAAAAUGUGGGCAUUUGAUUCUACAUUUAAUAACGUAUCCAAACAUUGUGCUGUUGUGGUUAUGUCACUUAGAUUGCCCUUUUAGUUUGUGUUAAAACUAUGGAGUGCAGUGAAAUAAAAGGAUGAUUCGACAGCUACUACUAUUGCACAAAUUCCUUUACAAAUGUCUAUUGCCUGGUAACGAUAAUAUAUAACUAGAAAAUGUUUUUAUUAGGUUUCUAGUAGCAACUUCAUGUGACCUACAGGAUAUUGUUCAACUGAAAAUAUAAAUAGCAAUGUUUUUUUGUCCUUGAAUGCGUAACAAAAAAGACAUUUUAAUCACAAUUAUGUUCUGGAUGCUCAAAAAUUAGGCUUGAUUAGCUUCAAAAGUAAUGAAUCUGUGAUACUUUGUGUUUUGGCACUUUGCAAGCGUAAUAUGUUUCUGGUUAUUUUAGGUCAACAUUUAUUUCGAAACCAAAGAAAACCAACCAACUUUGAUAAAAAGGUACUUGUUUGGGGUGGACGAUACAAAAAGGCUGAAGAUAUUCCUGCAUAUGUUUCGUAAGUAUAUAAUCUGAGCAACCCAUUUAUAAAAUAACUUUACUAAUGUAGGACCUGUAUAAAUGUUUGUGGAACAAAGUUCUAAAAAAAAUAUAAGCAGUUAUUCAGCAAUCGUAAUUAUAAAUUUUCCUCAAAUUUCAAGAUGAUUGAUUGAAAGCAGAACAGUCACAGAUAUUUACAGUAAAUAAUUUUUUUUUUUUCAGAUUCACCCGAUUUUGGCAUUGUGAGAACAUAUAAUUUGUACCGUUGAGCUGUUUUCUGUUUAUCACUGGUUUCCUUGGGUUCUCUCUAAAUAUCAUAACUUAUGUAUUUUUAAAAAGUAUAUAUAAUAACGCUACAUGAUCAGUGCCACCACCAGGGGGUGACAAUCAUGACGGAUGUCACGGGCCAGGUGGCCCUGGGGGUAUGUCAGUAUGUCAGUAUAUAUGUAUGUCAGUAUGUCUGUAUGAAUGUCUGUAUGUAUGUCAGUGUGUGUGUGUGUAUGUGUAUGUGUGUAUGUAUGUCUGUAUAUCUGUCUGUCUGUUUCAGUAUGUGUGUAUGUCUGUCUGUUUCAGUAUGUGUGUAUGUCUGUUUCAGUAUGUGUGUGUGUAUCCUUUUGUAUUAGUGCGUGUGUUGUGUCUGUGUGUGUAUUCCUGUGGACGGGAUUUGGAGGCGUGCUUGGAGGUGGGCCCCCGGGGGCCAAGUCCCCGGGCUGUGUUAGGGGCACCAAAAUUUCUGAUGGCGGCCCUGUACAUGACCUGCACAUUAUUUUUCCUAAAUCAUGCUUUAGCCACAUGCCAAAAUCUCUGGGGAACUUACGUGUGCAAGCCCCAAUGUGGAAAGAAGGUGGGUGGAAUGAAGAAGAGGAUUUGUUUUGGGGGGGGGGUGAACAGCAGAUAAGCACGUUGGUUUGCCAUGAUCGACAAGAAGUCUGCUCAAUCAUGUGGACUGUAUCUCCUGUACAAACAAGAGAAAUCAAAGAAGAUUAAUGGUUGGGGACAGCUAAAUUGUGAUUUUAUUCACAGGUCAUGUGAUAACUGACCAUUGUUUUCCCCAAUCCUUUUUAUACUGCAACAACUGGCACUUAGGUGCUCCAAGGAGGUAUAAUGCUUGAAAUAGGUAAUGCUUGAAGGAGCUGCAGUACCAAUGGAAGCCACAGCGUCAUUUGUUGUAGCAUGAGGAAGAGUUCGACAAGCAGACUCUAUAAGAUUGAGGUGUUUGUAAUGACCAUGGGGAAGAAAGUUCUAGUAAAGUACUACUAUAGAUCUAUAGAAACUGAAUGCAAUCCCAAAAUAUAGUCCCAGAACCCAAUAUAUAUAGAAAAUGUACCCAAUAUGACUAGCUUACAUUAAUGUGACACUAUAGGCUUUAAAACAAAUUAAGCAGUUUUGGUGACAUGCCCCUGCAGUCUCACUGCUCAAUUCUCUGCCAUUUAGGAGUUAAUCACUUUUGUUUAUGUUUAUGCAGCCCUGGCCACACCCUCCUGGCUGUUACUCACACAGCCUGCAUGAAAACAAAAUGCUUUCAUUUCAAUCAGAUGUUAACUUACUUUAGAUAUUUAUGUCUAGCAUUUUAUCAUGUGGUUUAUAAUGUCUCCAGAACCCCAAGAUAACAUUAUUUCCCCAAUGCAGGCUUACUGUUAUGCAUUUUUGAUAUUACAUGCUAUUUUUGGUUAGGGUUAGUGGCAAGUGAUAAUUUAAUGUUAAAGCUUAGUUGUAGUAUGGGUGGUAAAGUUUGGUGUAGUGUAGGAGAUAAGGACAGUAUUGACACCUAUAUGUUUUAGUGCUGCUAACGAAUAAUGGGAGUUACAGUCCCACCUGAUAGCUAUUUUAAUUUUGCAAUAAAAGUUGCAUCAGCAACCUCUAGGAAUUGUAACACCCACUGAUCUUUUGCCUAAGCUUAAAGCCCCUAUAGCACUUGGUGUUCUGUUAUUAUUGGACCCAUUCAUUAUGAGAAAUAAUUGCUCGAAUUAUGUCACUAUCCGUGUAGUUCUGUGUUGGAAAACAUGAUCUGUUUGAAUGCUUAAUAAACAAUAAAAGCAAGUGGACUGGGAUCAUUCCUCCUUUACGAAUUAUAAUAUAAUAUUUGUAUUGAUAUAUUUAGUUAUAGUUAAACUAUGUUUCUAAACAGAUUUUAUUUUUGUCAGUAUUGUACUAUGCUAAUAUGCUUUGAUAGAUUUAAUUGAAUAAACUGUAUACACUUUUUGGGACUGGUCUCUGACAUGUUAAAUGAUGUUUCUAUCAAUUUCUCUCCUAAUUAGACAGAGCUCAUGAUGUUCUUGUUUAGAUAAGCCUUUGUUAGCCAGUUUCAUGCAAUGUUGGCUAUAUUGAAUGCUUUGAACAUGGAUGUAACAGGCUUAAUUUAAUUUUAGUAAUGGAUAUUCUUCAAUGGGAAGCAAUCAUCAACAUUUAUUGAAUAUUAAUUUAAUUGUAAGAGAGAUUAAGUAUUGCAGUUCAUUUUCAUAUAAUCUCAGAUUUGCAUGUUUAUGUGGUUUUAAUAGUUGCUUUAAUGGAAUGCACUUCAUGAUUAAUAUUUUCCAGAAAUUAUUAAGCUGUUUUUUUAAAGUAUUAUUGUGAGUAAACAUUUUUUAAAAGGAUCAGUUGCUACGGAAACCAGUAAUAUACAGUAAUUCAUAUACAUUGUUCCACUUUUAGUACUUUACCGUCAUACACAUUUGCUUCCUCUGUUGUUACAUCUUUAAUCUUUUUUAACUAUUGCACUACUGUUUUCCUUAAAAGGAUAACCAGCAAAGUCUACACAAAAAUAUAAUUAAAAAAGCAGUUGGAUUUUUAUUACACAUAAAGGUACCAUAUGAUUUGUGAUCAUGGGAUGCCCUCCGUAAUUUUAAUUUUCUUUUUUUAAAAUAUUUUUUUAGAUAUAAAUAAAAUAUAGAUUUUUUUUUUACCUCGAACUGGAAGCAAUCUGCUAGCAGCAAAUCAUGUAAUCUGUGUUUUAAGAGACACCAUGGGUCUAUAAUUUAUAUUUUAAGAACCAUCAUUCUGUCUUAUUUGAAAUACCUCUACUGCCAAAGGGGAAUCAAAAGUUGCAAUCUCAUCAUUUCUCCAAACUUCAACACUGCUUUUAUUUUAAUAACUACAGAGAAUAUAUUACAUUUCCGCUAUCAUUUUAACCACAUGAAAUGUACUAUAUAUGUUCCAGGAUCCGGGGAACAGUUUAAUGAGUUUGGGCAAUGGUGCAGCUUUGAGAAAACAUGAGUCGUAUUCUUUUAAAAUUAACACUAUCAUGAAAAUAUUUUUUUAAACUGCCUUUAACUUCUGGGGUUUGUUAUCAUGUUGUAAAAAGCCAUUUUAGUCAUAUAUUGUUUCAAUUACAAUUUACCAUUCUCUGACUUUUUAGUUAAAGGGGCACUAUAACCACUUCAGAUCAAUUUAGAUGUAAUGGUGCUUUAAAUCUAUGGGUGCAUCCCACAAUUUUCGGUCGAACUAUUUUGGAGCUCUUUGUCAAAAUUACAGUGCUCUCCUUGUGACCCAUAACCCACCUCCUCUGUAUUCACAGUGACUAUACAUCUAACUCUAACCUAGAGUGUUUUUUUCUGGGAAUAACAUUUCUUUGGGAUGUUGACACAUUCUUUUGUUUUAUUUCAGGUGUGAGGUCUUGUCAGCAGCUAGGAAUAAUGUCCGAAUAAAGACCUGUAUGGCGAUGAUUUUAGGAACAAUUAUAGGUUGCAUCAUCAUGGUGAUAUCUGGCAAAAAGGUAAGUUAUUUUUUUAUAUAUUUUUUUUUAUUUAUACUAAUUUCACCUAAUAAUUUUGUUAACAAUCUGGAAGCAUCUCAGAAUUAGUACAUUAAACUGUAUAGAUCUUUAGAUCCUUUCCCCAGCUGUGACCUCUUUCAUCCAUGGGGGUGAGAACCACAGGACCUCCUUUAAGAUAUAUUAACCCCUUAAGGACACAACUUCUGGAAUAAAAGGGAAUCAUGACGGAAUAUUUCCGUCAUGUGUCCUUAAAAGGUUAAUUAAAACUUUAAGAGAGAAAAUAAAUAUUCACGAGACAUGCACUUUAUUGUAUAUUGUCAUUUCAAAGUAAACUUUUUUUGGGGGGGGUGGGGGGGUUGAAUGCUGCAUGUUUAUUGGUUUUCAAUACACAAACUCUUGUAUUCCAUUGUGGAUUUUUUAUAUUAAACUUUAAUUUCACACCCCAGAAAUACAUAUUUGUUAACUAUAGGGAUAAAUAAAUAUGAUAUUAAAAAUCAUGUGAUGUGACAGUUUGGCACUCACUGUUAUGCCUAAAACUACAUGGCAGGGGGCUACUGUUCUUAUUUUUUCUUUAUAAAAUAAAUAUUUUUAAUACUCUCUAAAUCACAUAUAUUUAGCUGAUACCCAUAUAAUGUCCUUUACUUAAUGGGAUAUCACACAUACAUUAAGUAAUUUAUUGUGUGCAACAUCCCAGUUAGUCCCAUUGUUCUUCAGCUUUAAAGCUUAAUAACUAAUUCUGGAUGUAUGCAAUGAUGUACCUGGACCUAUUUUGUUUUUUAUUUAUUUACAAAAAGUUUACAGUGUACCUUAUUACAGCCUUUACUAUUUCCCAGUUGGAUCCUAAAUACACUGUCAAAAAUGAAGUGUUAAACAGUAACCAGCAGGGGUCUCCCUUUUCACAAGUUUUUCUUUAGUAUUAUGCUAAACAAAUUUGAGUGCUGGUAAAAUUAAUUCAAUCAAGUUACUGAAUACCGAAUAUAUGAGUAACACUCACUGAGAUCAGAUCCAGUCAUACAUUCCUGUUCAUGAGUUUUUAGCUAAUAUAAAAUUAACCACCUCUUCCACAGAUCUAAAGAGCAAGUUGUUUGUUCAUCACAUUCGUUCUACAGGUACAGUUUUAUAGAGCAACUACUGUGGUUAAUCCCAACACAUUGAAUCUUGCUUACUUUUCCCACUAUGUAGCCAAACUCUUAUAUUUUGUCUUUAAUAAAUUAUUGAGACAGCCCAAAUAUUCAUUAAAAUGUUGGAAUAUGGAAGGGAGGCAUAGAUGUAGAAAACUAUUUUACUACUUACGUAAGGGUACUUUAUGCCAAAUAGAGUGAGUAUGCUUCUAAGAUUUGAGGUAGUGGAGGUUGGUGAUAAGGAUAUCAUUGUUAAAAGGAGGACUGAAAGUCCUUAAUGCAACAUGACUAUUAGUGCUAUAAGACUGAGACCCUGUUGACAGCAUACUUAAUGAUGAGGAAUGCCAAAAUCAAUGCAACUGGUCUCAUCUCACCACACCUGGUGGGGGGGGAGGGGUGAGGAGGUUGACAACAGCUCUGUACGUAGGAAACUGAGUUCAAAUUACCUGGGACACCUUGGUUAGCACUGCACCUUGGACUCUGUUAGAACUUAUACCUCUAUGCUCUCUGUUAGAACUUUUAGAAUUCAUGAAACAAAGCUACCAAUGAUGAGUGUUUAUCACUCCAGAGAACGUUUGAUCUUGCCAGACAAGUAAUGUACUUCUCCAGAAACAACCAAAAAGCCAAUAGUUUUAUUUAUUUGUUUUGUUAAUACCAAUCGUAUUUUUAUAGGCUCUGAAAGAAGAUAACACUCUACUUCAAAGGAAUAUAGAAAGAAAGGCAAAAUUGAGAGAGCAGGCUGCCCAGGAACAGAUGUCUUCUAUAAAGAACCAUUGACGCAAUGGAUUUUUAAUAUUGUCUGGAUAUUGAUUGUGUUCAGUAGGCAGAUACAAUAUAACACAUACUAGAUCUCAUGGGAAGAUACAGCCUUUAUUGUAUGUUAUUGAUUUAUUACAGUGUCCUGAAAGCUGAAAUAAAAUAUAUACGACUGUCAUCAUUUAUAAUGUUUUCAUAUUUUAUUGUAAAGGUCAGAAGAUUUUUAAUGAACAUAUGUGAAAUAGCUUCUUCUUUUCAUUUUGUAGAUGUCAAAUAUUUUUACUCAACAGAAAAGAUAUCACAGAUGAUAUGAGAAAAAUCAAAAUGUGUUUUCGAACUAAACUAUUUUUUUAAAACAAACAAACAUUUGGUGCUAUGUUAUUCCUUGGCAAUAGGCUCUUUCUUCCUUAAAUAAAGAAAAAAGAAAAGAAAAUUCUACAAAUUCAACUCCAUUUCUUUCUCUCUCACUCCCUUUUUAAAUGUUUCUUUUUUAAAUAUUAAAAUACUUGUAUAUUUUCUUAUGCAUACAUAAUAUUUAUAAAUAUAAAUAUUAGAAGACAUUUGGCACAAUGUGUACCAGAGUCAUCAAUGCUUGUAUUGAUAUCUAUUCACUAACUUGUGUCUUCUUGUGAAUACAUUUAAUAUACUAGAUAAUGGGAUGACUUGCUAUCUCUUAUUUUAUGUCUUAGAUUUUCUAUCUUUCAUUGACAAGCAUGUAUAUGCCAAACAGGCUUUGUAUUUAUCAAGUUCUUGAGGUGCUGUAUACUCAUGCUACUUUGGAUGUAUGUUAAGUUGCUCUUUGUUUAUUCUCUUAUAUACAAUAUAAU